UGUUAUGUUUUUUUGUUAAAGGUUAUGAGUGUAUGCCAUAGCAUUAAUGGCAUACCAAGUUAUGACACAGGAGAUCAAAAAACACUAUUGUGUCUAUUUUCAGAAAGAAGACCACGCCCCCGACUGACUACUAGGGAUGAGGAUGCCGCCAUCAGAGAGGCGUUACACUUAGACAUCUGUGCACAGACUGUCAGGUCACAUUUGCAUGAGGCGGUCAUACAAAACAGAGUCCCUGCAAUAAAGGAACGGCUAACUUACCAACACCGCAAUGGUCGCCUCCAGUUUGCCCAGCAAUAUGUGGGGGAAGACCUGGAGUUUUGGUCGCGAGUAGUCUUCACAGAUGAGAAGACUUUUGCCAGUACUAACCACGGUAAAAUUCAUUUGUGGCGGCCAAAUCGCAUGAGAUACAACAGGGCCCACAUAUACGAGGUGGCUAGAAGUGGGCAUGUGACGCUGAACAUGUGGGGCUACAUAUCCCAGCACGGUAUGGGAGAUAUUUUCCUAAUUCCUGGGAGGUUUACGGCAAAUAAAUGCCAUACAUCGUGCGGAAUCAGUUCCUCCCUUCAAUUUAGGAAUGCAAUUUCCUAUUCCCUGUUGGACCAAUUACCCGGUACUUUUAUUCAUGAUAGAUGCCCCAUCCACACUGCCAGAGCAGUGAGUCAGUGUUUGACGGGCAGCAACACUUCAGGCUCUUGGAAUUGCCGAGCAAAGGAGCGACAUGAAUCCCAUUGAAAAUAUCUGGGCAAAUCUAGUCAAUUCCUGGGAGCCCGAGUUUGAGAGGAAGCCGAACCAACUGUUCUACCACGUGACAAGGCAGUGAGAGAUUUAUAGAAACAAACCUGAGCUUGUUACAAAUAACGUAUCUUCUAUGCAGCGGAGGCUGCAAGCUGUAAUUGAUAAGGAGGGUGAAUGGACCGGUUAUUAAACAAUAUACUGUAAAUAAUA